UCGAUAGUGGCAUCGAUUGUUUUUGGCAAUGAAUGACAGGCAGAGAAAUUGGAGCUGAAGAAGAAGCAGAUAGGCACUUGAAACAACUAAACCAAAUUUUAAGCAUUCAUUGACUCACAAAAUAAAAGCUGAAUCAAAAGCGAGCACGUAGCACAAACAAAAUUGUUAAACGCUUUUUGGAGUGGAAAUCGUAGACAACAACAACGACGCCAGCAAGCGCCAAGCAAAGGCAACAAUAAAAAAAGAAACAAAUAUAGCAAAAUGAUUAAACUUUUCUCGCUGAAGCAACAGAAAAAGGACGGUGACCAAUCGGCACGAGGGGGACAGCAAAAGAAGGCAUCAGCCGCCCAGCUGCGCAUACAGAAAGAUAUUAACGAACUGAAUCUGCCAAAGACUUGUGCAGUUGAGUUCCCCGACACCGAUGAUUUGCUCAACUUCAAAUUGAUCAUCUCCCCGGACGAGGGAUUCUACAGAGAUGGACGCUUCGUGUUUAAUUUCCGUGUUGGCUCCAAUUAUCCGCAUGAGCCGCCCAAAGUGAAAUGUGGCACGCAGGUUUAUCAUCCCAACAUCGAUCUGGAUGGCAACGUGUGCUUAAAUAUAUUGCGGGAGGAUUGGAAUCCUGUGCUGACCAUCAAUUCCGUUGUCUAUGGCUUGCAGUUUCUGUUCUUGGAGCCCAAUCCGGAGGAUCCACUCAAUAAGGAAGCUGCCGAUGUGCUGCAAAGCAACAAACGCCAAUUUGAAUACAACGUCAAGAAGGCGAUGCGUGGCGGUUGCGUUGGCGAUACGUACUUUGAAUGCUGCCUCAAGUGAUAUAGGAAAUCAAAAGUCUUUAAUUUAAGAAACGGCGUCUGCCUGCUGCCUGCCAACAUUAUUAA